GCCAAGGGUUGUUAUCAAUUUUCUUAUCUUGGGAUAUUGGCUCCAAAGACCGCGCCUGAGUGCACUUACACCGAUCGCCGGACCUUGACCAGAAAGGAAAAUUAUCGCUCACUUUCUUCUCCAACAUCUUGUGACUUCUUCAGUCGGCUCAUGUUCUCAGACAUGUGCUCCAAAUCAUGAUACUUCGUACCCCAGCAUGGAAGAAGAGGGCGACAGUGCUCGCAGAGAUUUCCAAGAGGACGAAAUCUAGCAGUUCCAAGAGCUCGGCCGCAGCAGUCACGCAUAGCUUCCGCGUGGAAACCCCAAAGGACCAGUUCUCCAAGGACAUCCUCAAGGAACACUAUGCAUCUAUUCCUAGAAAGGCAAGGGAGAAGAGGUCCCAGGACAGGGACCUGUACGUCUCUGUGCUAGAGUCUUCAUCAGCCACGAAGAGAGACGCGAAGCAGUAUCUUCAAACAUUCGCUCCCACGGUGGCAAAGGUGCCCGUGGGAGCCAUCACCGUCGAUCCGCUCAGGAACGGCGCCAGGGCCAUCAGCGAGACACCGAGGUUUCUCCAGGGAUCAGUCACGACAAAGCGAGCUCCUGUGGACCCCGUACCUCAUGCCGCUCUCAUCAAGUUCAGGCUGCCCCAGGAGGCCGACGAAGCCACACUGAAAGGCGUGGCCAAGACGCUCGCGCAGCUCCGUGUGCUCGGCCUCGUGAGUGUGAUCGUCCUCGACUGCGAGCUGGGCCCAGACGACAAGUACUGGUCCAGAAGCCUGAACCAGCAGGCCUACAGGCUGGCUGGGGCCAUUGAUGAAUAUGGAGAGCCCUGGACAACAGUCAUGACAGACUUUCCCCUGUCUACUCAACAUGCGUUUCCUGAGAGCCAAGCCUCGCCACUGACAUCCAACACCAUCGUCGAGGAGGGUGGCUCCAUCUUGUCGGCUCUCAACAAAGGAUCGGCCGUUAUCGUCCCCCCGAUCGUGCACCAGUAUGGCGGGAACUCUCAACCUAUUGACCCCGACGAGGCGGUCUUGUCCCUCACACGCUACCUGUCGGGGCUGCAAUUAGCCAAGCCAUCCCAGCCUGGAGGAGGGUACGAGGAAGGCCUGACGUUGCCGGACAAGAAGGCAUAUGUCGACCGAGUAAUCAUCCUGGAUCCUGUUGGCGGCAUUCCCGCCAAGAACCGGUGGAAUAAUGCCCAUGUGUUUCUCAACCUGUCGGACGAGAUCGAGACUGCGAAGACACACCUACAGUCCCUGAACUCAGCCUCGCAAGGGCCCGAGGCUGGUGGCUCGUCUGUGCGAGCACACAUGCGAAAUCUCGACCUGGCCAAGAACACGCUUGCAAUUCUGCCUUCAACUUCAUCGGCGUUGAUCACGACGCCUAGAGAAGCAGCAAAUCUGCACUCACGGAGCGAAGAUGCCUAUGAAGGAGGCGUGAUGGGAUUUGUCGGCACAGUCGGAACGAGGAAGAGUCACAACCCCUUGAUACAUAACCUCCUAACAGAUCGUCCGACUCAUUCAUCAUCACUGCCCCUCGGCCGGAUUAAACCAAUCACACGGAACGCAGACGCAGAAAGCAGCCCGGUCAUGUCAUCUACAACUCUGGCUAAGAGAGGCAUGCCCGUUACGGUUUACCCAGAUCCGUCCGCAAUAGGGUGGGUGCCUCCAAAGCCUGGGGGCCCAGGGCUCAAACUGACCGAUUCCUGCAUCGACAUGCCGCGGCUGGUCCACUUGAUAGAAGACUCGUUCAACAGGAAACUGGACGUGCAACACUACCUGAACCGGGUGGAAAAGAGCCUUGCAGGUAUCAUCAUCGCCGGAGAGUACGAGGGAGGGGCGAUCCUGACGUGGGAGAGACCGUUCGGCAUGGAUGAGGAGACGGCGUACAUGAGUGGGCGGAUGGUUCCGUACCUGGACAAAUUUGCGGUGCUCAAGAAGAGCCAGGGGGCCGGGGGCGUGGCGGACAUCGUCUUCAAUGCCAUGGUGAGAGACUGCUUCCCAGAGGGCGUGUGCUGGAGGAGCAGAAAGAACAACCCGGUCAACAAGUGGUACUUUGAGCGGUCACGGGGCACGAUGAAGCUGCCCGAGUCGAACUGGUCGAUGUUCUGGACAACGCCCCGGGUGACGCUGAAGGACGAAACGAUGAAGGAUUACGAGGAUGUGUGCCGGAAUAUACUGCCCUCGUGGGCGGACAAUAAACAUAUUGUGGACUAGGCGAUGAGGCGAUGAGGCGUAUGUUGGAGUGGAGGGGUGGGGGGGAGGUCCCGCGUGGUGGAGACUCCUGACAAGCUACUUUUUAGUACUCAUCAUCAUGGCAGACCGGGUGAAGAGACCAAAAGGCUACUUGUGGCAGACAAGCUGGUACGCGCAGGCAACAGGCUACUAAUGAGCAGGGCCAAAUGCUCCGGGAAAAGUCUAGCCUUGUCGAUAUGGUGUUAAUCAAGCCGCUCAACCGCUGUAGCACCACACCAACAGGUCAAUCCUGCGUGCGACCGAUCCUGGACCGGUGGAAGCCGCCCAGCUGGAUUGAUGCGGGGGUCUGAGGGCCUGAGCCUUGGAGGCGAAGACAUGUCCAGGCGGCGGCAAGGCGGGAGGCUCGGACUGUGAGGUGUUCCCGCCCCAUUGCCCGUGAGGGCCGCCCGCCGCAGGUCCCACCCGUUUGCCAUGGUGGUUGGUUGGCUGGGAGCAUGUCCUGGCGAAGCUUGGGUGAUCACGUUGAGGGAUCGUCGCGGUUGUGGCGCGUGUCGAGAGCUCUAGUGGGCCCAGCCUACCAGCCCUGCUGCCACGACACCGAACUGCGGGGCAGGUACUCGGUAUGAUUCUGUCAGUCUGUUGGACCAUUUU